GCCUUUGCCUCAUGGUUACAUCAACAGCAAACCUUCAAAGGGCCUUAUCACCCUGACGACCAACAAUGCUAAUCGAUCCCUGGCUUUCAACCGAAGAAAUGACAUCAAAAAACAACCAGCGCCUCUCCAUUCCCAAUCAUUUGGAGAAAAUCAAAGUAGAAACCCGAGAAAGACGACGCAAUUUACUGUAUUUAGUGCUGGCCUUCUUGAGGGAGCAGAUGCUGGACCAAACAGCGGACGCUCUUCUAAAAGAAGCGCGACUGGAUGAUGGGUACCAGGUAUGCGAAAACGUCGAACUGGACAUAAUCCUGCAGGAAUACCAAAGCUACUACUACACAAAAUUCCAAAAAUACCCAAAAAUAAUCAGAAAGUUGGAGGACAGCGAGCCGAAGCCGCCCAGAAAGUCAAACCCCAAGCGAGGUCGGAGCGCUAAGCGAACCAUUGGCCAGGAAAAAGCCGACAGUCCAUCAGACAGCGAAGACUUUCAAUUCGAAAUAAUCCCCUUAAACGCUUCGAAUAGUCCAAGCGGUGAUUUGCCGGACGAAAGGGACAAUAAGGACUUGCCUGAGCUGGUUUCCAAUCAGUUGGUAAUUGAAGACACGGGGGUGCGAUGGUCAGACUGCUUGGGCUUGAAUGUUCCAAUAGAAAUUUUAAAAGAAUCUACCCUUUAUCCCUUGUACUACCCAGAGGUGUUCAAGGAUUUAACGCCCUGGAAGGGCGUUUUGCUGCAUGGACCGCCGGGGACAGGAAAAACCCUACUGGCAAAAGCUCUGGCUUACGAAGGACGCACCACCUUAUUCAAUGUAACUAAUAGCCAAUUCAUCAGCAAAUGGAGAGGCGAGUCGGAAAAGCUGAUCAAAAAUCUUUUCGACACCGCCAAGAAUCACGCUCCUAGCACAAUAUUCCUGGACGAAAUCGAUGCCCUAGUGUCCGGAGUCCAGGACACCCAACACGAAGCCUCGAAACGCUUCCGAAGCGAACUGCUAACUCAACUGGACGGAAUUCUGCCCAACCACCAUCGAAUCUUUGUGCUGGCCGCGACUAAUUCGCCUUGGGACCUGGACAAUGCUUUGCUACGCAGAUUUGACAAACGCAUUCUGGUGGACAUGCCGGAUAAGGCAGCCCGCCCAUUGAUUCUCAAACACCACAUGAAAAGUACUGUUUCGAAAUUGUCUUCAGCUGAUUGGGAAGUGGCUGGAAAAUGGACGGAGAAUUAUUCCGGAUCGGAUUUGCGUAACUUGGCCAAAGAAGUAAGCAUGGGAAUUGCGCGCGAACGCAUUAAAACCCUGCAAACUGGGGCUAAGAGUGGUCCCACCAGGGCCGUUUGUCUAGAGGACAUUAAAAAGGCCGUGGACAGGAUCAGACCGUCCUCAAGCAGCGUCCUUACUAAAAAGUACUAUCAGUGGCAAAAUGAACAUGGGGCUUUGUGAUGUAUAUUAAAGAGCCUUUUAAUAAGUAA